AUGGCGAAAGGAGCAGGACGGGACCCGGAGCUGUUCGCGGAGCUGUGGCGCGCCUGCGCGGGGCCGCUCGUGGAGCUGCCCCAGACCGACGAGAGGGUCUUCUACUUCCUCCAGGGUCACCUGGAGCAGCUGCAAGAGCCGACGGACCCGGCGCUGCUGGCCGAGCAAAUCAAGAUGUUCCAGGUGCCCAACAAGAUCCUCUGCAAGGUCGUCAACGUCGAGCUCAAGGCCGAGACAGAAACGGACGAGAUGUACGCCCAGAUCACUCUGCAGCCCGAACCAGAUCAAGUGGAUCUGCCCACAUUACCUGACCCACUCCUGCCGGAGACGUCAAGGCCUGUGGUGCACUCCUUCUGCAAGAUCCUCACACCAUCCGACACCAGCACUCAUGGCGGUUUCUCCGUUCUUCGGCGUCAUGCAAACGAAUGCCUCCCACCACUGGAUAUGUCGAUGCCGACCCCAACCCAAGAGCUCAUCACAAAGGACCUACAUGGAUCUGAAUGGAGGUUCAAGCACAUCUACAGGGGCCAACCCCGUCGGCACCUUCUGACUACUGGAUGGAGCACGUUUGUCACAUCAAAGAAGCUGAUUGCUGGUGACGCUUUUGUCUACCUGAGGAGUGAGACAGGAGAACAGCGUGUCGGAGUGAGGCGCCUUGUGCAGAAGCAAAGCACAAUGCCAGCAUCUGUUAUAUCAAGCCAAAGCAUGCAUCUUGGGGUGCUUGCAAGUGCAUCACAUGCUAUUAAGACUAAUUCCAUUUUCCUAGUGUAUUAUAGACCAAGGUUAAGCCAAAGCCAAUACAUCGUCAGUCUGAACAAAUACCUUGAAUCAAGUAAAAUUGGAUUUAAUGUGGGCAUGAGGUUUAAGAUGAGUUUUGAAGGGGAAGACGUCCCUGUAAAGAAGUUUUCUGGAACUGUUGUCGAUAAAGGAGAUCUUUCUCCACAAUGGCAAGGUUCUGAAUGGAAGACAUUGAAGGUCAAAUGGGACGAAGCCACAAACUUCAAUGGCCCUGAGAGGGUUUCCUCUUGGGAAAUUGAACCAUUCGAUGCAUCCGCACCUGCCAUCAACAUACCCAUGCAACCGUCAAUGAAAAACAAAAGGCCGAGGGAGACAGCUGAAAGCCUGGAUAUUCAUGUGCUGGAACCUGCUCAAGAAUUCUGGCUCUCUGGAAGGCCUGAACAGCAUGAGAAGACAAGUAUAAGCUCUACCGAACCCAGUUGUAUAUCUGUACAUCAAGUCGCUUGGACAAGUGAACACGCAGGAUACAGUGCCAUGAGUAGUUCAAUUUGUCAGAAUUCUGCAGUAAUUGGGAGCUGGUUCAAGGACUUCAAUUCCUCAAGCAAAGGGACCUCCCCUUCGUUGCCAGAGAUAUCUCAGAAACUGUUUCAGGUCACCAGCAACGACGUGAGGGUUCCUCCUUGGCCUGGGCUCUCUGCUUACCAAGCUGAGGAGCCCUCUUCCAAGUUGUCUUGCAACACUGCUCUGUGCAGCUACCAGACCGAGGAGGUUGCUCCAAAAUUUUCCAUUGCCGUCGAAGAAAAGAAGGAACCGGGCAUGUUCCGUCUGUUUGGCGUCAAUUUAAUUAAUCAUACUAGGAGUAGUGCUACUGCUGACAAGACGACUGUGGGAGUAGGGGAAACAUCGAUGCGAGGUGCUGGUUCUUUUGAAGACUCUGGUCAGCUAUCGGCGCUUUCAAGAGUCACGAAAGAUCAUACGCACUUGGUGAAUGAAAGCCCCAAGAAAUUCAAAGCCAUCAGAGUUGCAAUGGAAGAAGUCGUUCAAAUGCAUGGAAAUGCUGUGGGCAGAGCUGUGGAUUUAGGAAAUCUGGAUGGUUAUGAACAGUUGAUGGGUGAGCUUGAAGAGAUGUUUGAGAUAAAAGACCUUGGCUUCAAAGAGGAAUGGAAGGUUACUUUCACUAACGAUGAGAAUGAGGCAAUGGAAGUCGGAGCUGUUCCUUGGCAGGAGUUUUGCCAGAUGGUGAGGAAGAUCGUGAUCCAUCCCAUUGGAGAUGGGAGCCAUAUGGAGGCUUGCCCUUGCCCGGGGCAGGAUGGGAAGAGGGACUUUUAG